UGGGAGCGUAUCAGCAUCACCCCGGUUCUGUUUGGCUGCUGUUCUGAUCAUGGGAGACACUCAGUCUGCACAACAGAAGGCCAGAGACCAUGCAGCAGCAGCAGCAGCAGCAGCAGAGGACGAGGAGGAGGAGGAGGAGGAAGAGGAGGAGGAGGAGAGCAGAAAAGUGAAGGAUGCUGAAAUUGGGCCGCAUACGGACGACAAGGUUGUCAGAAACAAUGUGCAGAUAGCUGAGAUGAGUGGAAAAGCAGACAGCUCUGCUGCAGCAUUAAAUGGUCACUGUGAGGAGGAAACAGCGGUCGAGGCUGUCUUUUCUGCAGACAUCGAUGCUUCAGAGCGAUCAGAACAAAAUGAGACACCCAGGAAAAAUGAUGCAAUCAUUUUAAAGGAGUUGCCUGAUGAAGAUGCUGCUAAUCAAGUUGAUGCAGAUGAGAUGAUAGAAAUGGAUGCCAAGAAGAAUGACAUCAAUGAAAGUUUCAGAAGAUUUUUCAGCAACAUUAGCUUUAAGCUGACAGUAAAAAGAGGCUCUGCUGACAAAGACUCAGUAGUGAGAGAUGCACAUGACGAGGAACCAAACAAACCAGAAGACUUCAGAGAUGAUGUAAAUGAAAUCCAAAUUAAAGAGGCUCAACAGAAGACAGAUACUGAAGCACAAGAGGCUCAUGAUAACGAAUCAACAACUUGUAAGACACUGUCAGAUGCUGCAGCUCUGGAGUUUGUAGAAAAGACAGAGAAGAACGCAGAACCCAAAGAGGAAGGUUCAUCUCUUCAUGCAGCUGCAGGAACAACUUCAACAAUUCUAGAAAAUGACAAACCAGAAGAAGAACCACAUCCAACAUCUCCCGCUGGUCCUGAUGGAACUGAGAUCACUACGCCCUUUAAACGCUUUUUUACAACUGGGAUCUUCUCUAGCUUUCGAAAGAGAAAGAGCCUCGUGGAAGACAAAAUUUCUGAGAAAGAAUUGUCAGAGGAGGUAAAAGUGGCUGCAGAGGCAGCUGAGGACUCUGUGCAAGAUCAACAUGAUGAGAAGAACGUUUCUCUUCCAGCUACAAAACCGAAAGAGGAAAACCAGGCUGCAGAGUCAAUUGAAGCCACAGAUACAGCUGUGGUUCAAACUGACAUCAUCGACUCUCAAGAAAAAGACAAAGUCCCAGCCAGUCCCUUGAAAAGACUACUGUCAAGCUCUAGUUUUAAACGACUCUCCAAAAAACAGAGAAGCAGAAAAUCAAGCGAUGCCAAGCUUUUCGCUUCUGGUGAACACAGUUCAGAUCAGCUCCAGUCCUCUACGGAGUCAUCUGACAACCAGAAGGAGGAAACUCCUGCACAACCCUCUGCCAAGACAGCAGGGGGCGAUGAUGGAGCCUGGGCUUCGUUCAAAAAACUUAUGACUCCACAAAAACACGUGAAGAGGCCGUCUUUGGACCAGGAGGAGGGACAAAUCCCAGGCUUUGUGGAUGGAGCGAAACCAGGUGAAGGAGAGCCAACAUCAGAUCCGAGCACAGACGAGGGAAAGAAGAGAAAAGAUUCAUCUGUGUCAUGGGAAGCUGUUUUAUGUGGAUCUGGAAGGAGGAGAAGCCGGAAAACUUCAGACUCAGACGAUGAAACACCUCCAAAGGAUAACGCAGGUAAAAAGCAGGACAAUGAACCUAAAGAGACACCUGUAGAAUCACCGAAUGAGAUGCAGCAGGUUCUGUCUUCGGCUCUCAAUCAGACAGGAAGUCCCUCAGAGGGUGAGGAAAAGUCAGCGUGGAAAUCCUUCAAAAAUCUCGUCACCCCAAAACGAAAAGCAAAGGAUGAAGAUGAAAGUAUCAGUGACGUUAUUCAAGAUGAUUCCUCCUUUUCCAUAAAGAGACUUCUGCCGGGAAGAAAAGACAGGAAGUUAGAUGAAAGACAAGUGUCUUCAGAUGAGGCUGAUGCUGAGGUAUCAUCAGGUAAUGAGGACUCUGAGACCCCUGCUGUGGUUCCACUGUGUGAAUUUGAUACAGCAGAGACACGGGUUCAGAUCCAAAUACAAAGGAAGCAAAGUUAUACAUCAGAAGAAGAAAAAGAGAAAGAACUCCAAAAGAACCUUCCUGAUGAGAAAACAGGGUCAGUUCUAACUUGUGACAGUCUGCCAACACGAGCAAAGGAGAGUCCAAACCUUACAGAAGCUUCAGAAAAGGAAGAACCAGAUGAACCUGCAGAAACAAGCAGUGAACAUCAGCAGCUCAGUGAUAUUCCAGAGGAAGGUGUCACCACAGAGAACACUCCAGCCUCACAUUUCCAAGAGGCAACAAGAGAUGAAACCAUUGCAGACGACCUGAUAGAGAUCACUUCUGAGGCCAUAACUGCUCCAGAGCCGGUGGAUGAUACUGCAGCAGACGAAACAGAGAUGAUUUCUGCUGUUUCCCAGUUCAUGGAGUCAGAAAAAACAUCUGGCAACGCAACACCUGUACCAGCAGAACACAUCAGUGUGAACACAGAGUCACUGCUGCAGCAGGUUUCUGAGACCAUCUCUGUAGGCCCAGUGGCAGUGGAAGUGGGUUCAGAGGAGCUAAGUUCUGAAAGAGUUGUUUCUUCUGUCUCACAUCAACUACUGAACUUACUGGUAACAAACCAGCUCAAAGUUCUGGAAAUACACAGCAGCUCAGAUGUGACUGCCUUUAAAACAGGCUUGAGAGCUGAAGAAAUUGAUGCAGUUUGUGAACUUACGGUGACUGCCAAAACCGAGACCCUCUCCCACCUCAGUGAAGGUCUUCUAACUGAAACUGUGUCCGAGGUCGCCACCGAGCGCUUCGUCACUUCUGAGCCAAAUGAAGUUUAUCAGGUUGAUGUUUCACAGGAACAAGGAAAGAUUAAAGAACCAGAAAUAAGUGAUGAGACCCAACAGGUGGUGGAACCUGUGUCAGCCAUGUCUACAGAGAAUUUACCCCAAGAAGAAGAAAAGCUCUUCUCCAAAACAGACUUCCAGGAACAGGAAACAACAGUUACAUCAGCAGAUGAACCUGAGACCAUGAAAAAGGCUGUGUUAGCCUCAAGGGAGGCUGAUGUUCAGUCAUGUGAAGUACAACCCUCAGACUAUACUCCAACACCUGAAACAAACAUACUAGAAGUGGUAGCAGCACCUACAUUACAACCAAAAGAUUUGGUUCAGUCCCUAAAUACUGAAUUAACAUUCCCAGAAAAAAACACACCAGAUGAAUCAAAACAUGUUGAGUGUCUCCUCAAAAAAAGUGAUGAGCAAGAAAACACUAAGCCACAAAGAGAUGGAGCUAAAACUGACCACACUGGAUUUUCAGAAGAACUAGAAGCGGAACAAGAACCAGCAUUAAAACUAGAAGAAGAUACAGCUCAGUCUCUCAAAACAGAAGAAAAAAAUGCACCAGAUGAACUGAAACAAACCAUGUCUCUCCAUAAAAAAACAAACGAGUCUGAAAAAGAGCCACAAACAGCUGAAGAUCAGCUUGACUUUCCUGAAGAUUCAGAAACAAAAGUUCUCCUAGAACCAACAGCUGAGUCCAACAAAUACGCAGCUCAGUCCCUUAAUAAAGAAGAAGCAGUCUCAAAACCUACUGUACCAGAACAAAAGACUGAAAUUACAACUGAGCAACAUAACACAGAACCACAAACAGCUGAGCAAACUGAAGUGACACGAGAAGAAAUUACACAAGAUUUGACAGCAGAAUCAGAAAUGUGUGAAGCUCAGUCUAUAAAGAACAUAUUAAAAACAGGAAACUCUGCAGAAGCUGAGAUAAAUACAAGUCAAACUAAAACAGUGGAACUUCUCAGAGACGAAAGUGAUAAGGCUGAAAACACAGAACAACAAACUAAAACUGAUCACACUGAGGCAACACAAGGACUGACAACAUCAGAGACACAAAUGGAUCCAGUUCACUGCUUACUGUUCACAGGAAGUACUGCUGCUGCUGAAGGACGAACAAAUAAACAGAACCAGGAGAAUGUCAGUGAUGAGCAGGAAAACAAAUCGACACAAGAAGAUGAAGAUGGAGGUUCUGAAGUACAUGAAGUUAAAGAAGCUGAAUCCACAGAAGUUCUAAACGUAUUUCAAGGUGAAGUUUCUAAACUCACAGAAGUAUCUGAAGAUAAAGAAAUAUUUCAACUUUCACAAGUUAAAGAAAGAUCUGAACUUGCAGACAUUUUGGAAAUUAAAAAAGUACAUAAAGUUACAGAAGUAUAUGGAACUAAGGAAGAUUCAGAGAAAAAAGAAGCAGCUGAAGUUCCUGAAAAAUAUGAAGUUGAGAAGUCUUCAGAAGUUAAAGCAGUAUCUGAAGUGGCAGAGGUUUCUGAAGUCAAAGACAUGGUUAAAGUUAAAAAGGUCUCCCAAGUUUCUGAAGCUAACAAAGUUUCAGAUUUUAAAGAAGUAGCUGAAUUUCCAGAAAUAUCUGAAGUUAACAAAUGUUCUAAAGUCAAAAAAAUGAUUGACGUGAAAGAAAUCUCUAAAGUUGGACAAGAAGCCACUUCGGAGUCUGAAGACAGAAGAGAGCAGUUUCUUGAUAAGGAAGUUCUACCAGAGGAUGAAUUUCCACCAGCUGACACCGGGGAAAAGGAUAAACCAGAAUGUCCAACUAAAGUAGGACCUAAAGUGGAAACUGAAGCAGAAGCUGAAGUAGAAGCUAAAGUGGAAACUGAAACACAAGCUAAAGUUGAAACUGAAACUGAAGCAGAAGCUGAAGCAGAAACUGAAGCACAAGCUGAAGUAGAAGCUAAAGUGGAAACUGAAACUGAAGCGCAAGCUGAAGUGGAAACUGAAGCAGAAACUGUAGCAGAAGCUAGAGUAGAAACUGAAGCAAAAACUGAAGCAGAAGCUGAGGCAGAAGCUGAAGUAGAAGCUAAAGUGGAAACUGAAACACAAGCUAAAGUGGAAACUGAAGCAGAAACUGAAGCAGAAGCUAGAGUAGAAACUGAAGCAGAAGCUGAAGUAGAGGCUAAAGUGGAAACUGAAGCAGAACCUAAAGAAGAAGCUAAAGUGGAAGCUGAAGCAGAAGCUAAAGUGGAAACUGAAGCGGAAACUGGAGCAGAAGCUAAAGUUGAAACUGAAACACAAGCUAAAGUGGAAACUGAAACACAAGCUAAAGUGGAAACUGAAACACAAGCUAAAGUGGAAACUGAAACACAAGCUAAAGUGGAAACUGAAACACAAGCUAAAGUGGAAAGUGAAGCACAAGCUGAUGUAGAAGCUAAAGUGGAAAUUGAAACACAAGCUAAAGUGGAAAGUGAAGCAGAAGCUGAAGUAGAAGCUAAAGUGGAAACUGAAACACAAGCUAAAGUGGAAACUGAAACACAAGCUAAAGUGGAAACUGAAACACAAGCUAAAGUGGAAACUGAAACACAAGCUGAAGUGGAAACUGAAACACAAGCUAAAGUGGAAACUGAAACACAAGCUAAAUUGGGAACUGAAGUAGAAGGUAAAGUGGAAAUAAAAGCUGAAUCUGAAAUAGAAGAUGCUCGUAAAACUGAGAAUGUUCAUGAAGUAGAAGCUGCCGUGGAUUCUACAUGUGUUUUAGAAGCUAGGAGCCGGGAAUCAUCCAAAGAACUAAAGUCAGAUGUUCAAGCAGUCACAGAUGAACCUAAACAGACUGAAAUUGGUACAAAUUCAGAGGAAGAAACAUUUGUGGACUCUGAAGUAUCAACACAAGACGGUAAAGUUUUCACUGAAACAGAAACUGUUGUGGAGACAGCUCCACCUGCACCUGAACCAUGUGUUGAGGAGAAAAUCACCUCAUUACUCCAAGAUGUUCCUCAGCCAGGACAAACUCAGGCCGACACAGACGAAGCUGGGAGAAAAGCUCAGCUGGAUAAGGUUUCUGAGAUACACAAGGAUCAGGAACCAGAAAGUCUUCUCUGUGAAGAAGAAAACCUUCCUGAAGCUGGAGAGAAGAUACAAGUUUUAACAGCUGGUCACAUUUCUUCUGUCAUGAAGGAAGAAGAUAGAGCCCAGACCUUACAGGAGACGAUAAGCCUUCAGAAGACCCUGACAUUUGGUGCAGAUGAAGCUAAAGUUUCAGAGGAAGGGACUCUCUGUCAGGUACAGGAGAACAUAGAAGCAGGAGAAGCCACUAAUGUGAACCACAAAGUCCAUCUGCAGGUGAUGGAUGCUGAGAUCAGAUCCGCUCAGAAUACAGUUGACACAGUGCUGAAGCUCGGACUUACAGACGCUAAAGGACUCAUAGAUUUUUGCCCUGAAACCACUGAAGAAGUAGAAGAACACUCAGCCACACUGCUGAUUGAAGAAGACUCAAUAAAUGAAGAAGUUCAGGUGACAGUUCAAGAAGUAAUACAGCAUGUGGAGAGGAAGUUUCCAGAAGCAAAAGCCAGAUCAGUUGUUGAAACUGUGGACAGAGUUCUUAAACAGGCAGGUGUGACAGAAGGAAGAGAAAUGGAACCAAAUAAGUCCAAAAAUGGUCAGCUGAUCAUGAGAGACCCAGAGAGACCCGAUGAAGAAGACAUCUGUGCAGUCUCAGCUGACGCACAAGGCUCUGAAGAUCAAACAGCCAGAGUUUUGGAAAGUUUGGAUUUGGAAGAAACCAAAGCAAGUCUGGGAAGGUCAUCUGUUUGUGUGACAAUAGAAGAAGUCAGAGCAGAGAAAUUAACUGAACUCAGAAAAACAAACACAGAAACUCAAAGACUGCAAACUGCUCAAAGUCACAUACUUCCACAACAUAACGCAGGAACCCUCUCAUCAACAAGGAACCUGGAGUCUCCAUCUGGUGUUUCCAUUGAGUUCAAACUGAAUAUCCAGGUUGGACCGGCUCCUGCUUCUCCACAUCCAGACCCAGCUGAACCUGAGGGGUCAGGUGUUCAGGCAGUGAAACAACAACCUGAGUGUCAGACUGCUGCUCAGGCCACAGAGAAAACACAGUCAACUCAAAGAGCCGUCAUCACCACUCAACCAUUGCUUCAGACUGUCUCUGUUCAACGAGUGGAACCAGAACAACAAAGAGCCGUCAUCACCACUCAGCCACUGCUCCAGACUGUCUCUGUUCAGAGACUGGAACCAGAAAGAGCAGAACAAAUCAAAUCCACAGAGACUCUAGAGGUCCAGGCAACAGAAGAAAGACGGGAAGAUGCAACAGCAGAAGUCCUGAGAGAACCACUGCUCUCUGAGACAAAAACACAGGAAGCUUUAAAACAACCAGAGGACGAAAACAAUCAGGAUGAGUGGCUGGAUGCUGAGGAAGAUAUUUACAUUCAGAAGUCCACAGAUGAGACAGAAGAACCUGUGGAACAGCUGACUGACACUGAACAAAGGAACCAGCCAGAAUCUGAGCUGGAAGUUAAAACAUGUGACCCUGAGAACAGAGAGAAUCAACAAGACGCACAAAACCCCUCAGGAACACUGGAAGAUGAAAGUGAAGGCGAAGAUUUUGCUGUUGCUCUUGAAGACCUGGAGAGCAGCUCCUCUGCAGUGAAGUGGGAUUAAAUGAACCUGACUCAAGCUUUACAGAAAGGCUGGACAAUCAAACAGGAAGAGGUGGUUUCAAACAGAUCUCCAUUUAAUCCAAUAAUAUUAUCAAACUAGUUUUGAAUUUAAAGGUUUCAAAUAUUAAAGGAAUGCAUAUUGUCUGCCA